CAUAUAUAUUAUAAGAUAUUGAGAACAAUUUGCAUUAUCAACGAGAGUAAUUAAUACGAACUAGCGGUGCGCUGUCGUAUUCCCUUUGUGUGUGAGUUGUGUCGCUUUGCGAUAUGUAUAUGAGCUGGGUCUAAAAAUUGUAUCUAAAAAUUAAAGUUGCUAACGUAUUCACGCGAGUUUAUUGAAUUCUCUUCAAUCUCUCUUCAAACAGUUAUUAACGACAUAUCGUGGCUCAUUCGUAGCUGCCAAUGACUGCUCUGUCCAUUUGACAAUUGUCAACGAUGGCGAAUAAAACUCAUGAGAUUGAGGAACGAAAAAUGAAAAUAGACGGCAUGGAAAUAAAUUAUGCCAGAGUCGACAGAGGUAACCAUCCGGUAUUAUUGUUACCUGGCGCACUAGGAACGAUAUGGACGGAUUUUAAACCUCAGAUCGAAAAUCUAAACACGGACAAGCUGACUAUAGUAGCGUGGGAUCCACCCGGUAAUGGAAAGUCGCGACCACCCGAUAAGACUUUCCCGAAUAAUUUUUAUCAGCGUAACGCUUCAUUGGCUCACAAUCUGAUGCAGACUCUGGGUUAUUCGAAAUUUUCUUUGCUCGGUUGGUGCGAUGGAGGAAUCACAUCGCUUCUGCUUGCCUCAACAUAUCCCGAGAGUAUUCUUAAGAUGAUAGUUCUUGGUGCGAAAGCUUAUAUACAUCCGGACGAGAUAAAAAUAUAUGAAAUCUACAGAGACAUCAACAAGUGGUCGGAAAGAAUGAGGACACCUAUGAUACAAGUUUAUGGCGAAGAUUAUUUUAGAAAGACUUGGUCGGAUUGGACAGAUGCUAUGUUACGAUUGUAUAAAAAACAAAAUGGUAACUUGUGCAAAGAAGUUUUAUCGAAAAUAAAGUGUCCGACAUUGAUUAUUCACGGAGCUAAAGAUGAAGUGGUUUUACCAGAACAUUCGACAUAUCUAGAGCAAAAUAUCGCCGAUUCAACGGUGUAUAUUUUUGAAAAGGGCGGACACAAUCCUCAUUUAAAAUAUUUUGAAGAAUUCAAUAAUUUGGUAACGGAUUUCUUGCUGUGUCAAUAG